GUCAAUUCCAUAGUCGCGACUUCAAUUCCAACGACAGCUAUCCACAUCAGUAACAAACACGUCGUGGAAUUGAUAUUCCUUCGUACGAUGUGUUGAGAAGAAAUUUAAUGGGACUAUUGAUGUAAUUCGGGUUUCGUUGAGCUGCUUUCUCCUAGUUCUACACUCGUCGGCAACAGCUUCGUUUGAAGCUUCUGCCUGCUUCUCACGAUGGCUCCAUCCACGGUCCCUCGUGUCCGCCGGACCGCACAGAAUAUUCAAUACACGUAUAACCUCACUCGUCAUAUUCACGCCGUUCAGACCUACCCAGUUCUCUCGCCCCAAGGCGCUACCAUUCUCAUCUAUGGGCACGAAAAUGGUAUAACGAUUGUCUGGCGCGGAGGACGAAAGUUCAAGGCCGAGGUUGUUAAAGAAGCCGAACGCGGCCCUACGGGCAAACAAAAUGGAAAACCUGCUACAGAUGCUGUGAUGAUUAUCGAUUCCGACGAGGAGGAUGCCGCACCAGCUGGAAAGGGAGCAACAUUCGUUGAUAAUCCACAGUUCGAGGAGGAUAUUGACGAGGACGCACCAUACCCCGAAAUCGUUCAGACGCUUGAUCUCGAGUUCGGCACUGCCGUGCUCAAUCUCGCGGCAUUGCCUUUAACGGCAUGCACAGCAGAGGAUGCAGCAUGGGGAGGUACGGAUAUCCUGAAAGAUAGGAUGGUGUUUGCAGCCUCCUGCGCCACCCGCGAGGUUUUUCUUAUGACUUUACCUCUUGUUCCACCUUCUCCCCUUAGCAAGGCAAGGGCAGAGUUACAGGAGAGUUUAAUGGCUGGAAAAGCUGGCAACGGUAAAUGGGGGGAGACGAUGACUCUGCUUAAUGGGCAGAUAAAGGGCAGUGAUAGCCUAGCGAUGACUCUCAUUAGAUCGAAGGCCGCGUUAGAACGGAACAAGCCAACGGAACGAUCACGUUCGGAAUCUAGAGCACUACCAAGAGUCGUAGUAGCCGCGCACUCCCCCGAAGCCUCGGGUGCGUUACGACUAUGGGAUGUUCCUCUUGAAGAGUCAUCUAGGACCGGCCAACGUAUCGAACCCUUCCAAACCGAAUUCCUACCUAAGCCUCUCACGUCUAUCUCCUUCAAUCCUACCCACUCAACCCAACUGCUAUGCAACGCCUCACCUGAAGCUGUUAGGAUAUACGAUUAUGCGCUUGCCUCGAUGCCCCCCGACGACUUAUCCGAAGGUCCCUUCCCGUCACAGGGCUCUUGGCUCAUAUCAUUCUACCCACCGUUCUCCCGACCCGCUUCCUCACGAAAACCGAUACUUGCGGCAUCUUGGAUCGCCCAUGGCCGUGCUAUUCUCGCUCUACUUGCGGAUGGCCAAUGGGGUAUUUGGGACAUCGACGGUGUAUCUCCUCAGGGUCCUGCUCUGUUUGGUCGACCCGCAUCCGGCAUUCGUGGCGACGCGUUGACGGAAUUCAACGUCACCGGCUAUGUUGAAGGCACGAGCCCCUUACGAAAUCCUGCUUCUCAACGCACGUCUGGCGGUGCUUCCGAUUUUGUACCUAUGACCCCUCAUUCUAGGCGCGAUGCUCUGGCAACUGCCCAUGGCCCCGAACGCCUGUCAUCCGUUAAAGGAGGCAUCGUGGUGACCCCGCUACCGGCUAGUACGACAACAGCGGCCGAUGAAAGCGUUGCCCUGUGGAUUGGUGGUCCGGAGCAUAUCUUCGUCAUACCCGGUGUUCUGAAAUUCUGGGAUGCACAGAUUCGUAAGGGUGUCGGCGGGGGUGUUAAUCUCUUCAGCGGCGCGCAACCUACUCGAAUGGUUCGGUUAAAUGAUUUGAGCGUUGGGCUUAUGGGCGAACGUUGCACAGGCGUUGGUGCUAUUGUUCGUUUUGUGGAGAAUGGUGGCGCAGGCUCAUCUGGUAACGAGGGCCUUCCCGUUGAACUGUUGGUGUGCGGCGAGGCUCGUCUAGUGAUUGUUAGGGAGAGCGAGACGGUCGUCGGAACCCGAAUUGGUGGUGUGAUGGGCCGCCGAAAGAGAUUAAGUGAACGGGCAAAGGAGAAUAGCGCUAUCGUCGUCUAUCCUCGACCGGAGCAGCCCGGAAGCGUUGCCUAUAACUUAUCUGUCGGUCCCCGACGAAAAGCUUCGAGAUCUGCGGUAGACGGGUUGUUUGACGAACAAUCAACAAGCAGCAAUCCCACACCGGUACCGACGGGACAAAGGCCUAUGCAAUUACCAACGAGACCAAGAUCCGGCUUUUCAUUCGCGGAAAGCUUAAGUGCUGCAGCGGAUGUCGAGCAGCAGCAGGAGGAAACCGAAAGAGACGUCGAGGUCGAGAUGCUGGAUAUAAUGGAGAUAGAUCGCGAGCUGGACGUCCUUGACAGUGGUAGAGGAAGAGGCCGUAAGAAGGUGAUCUUCGACUCAUAGCUUUCGAGGGGCAUACAUAAACUACGGCAGCACGAUUGAUGGGAGAGAUGGUGCAGACGAUGUACGAUACCGAUACCCUAUGCUAACAUCUGGGGAGUUUGGGCUUGCGGUCUCUCGCCGGAGGUAGUGAAUUACGAAUAAUACUCAGGCCCCCCUUUAUUGUGUUUUGCUUGCUAAACCAUUUAUGUCUAGGUUGUCGACCCCUCGCCCCUCUUCAUUCGAUGAAUUAUACUCUUAAUACCUCCAUUCCUCACUUCGACAGUUCCAGCGAACUUCUCUAUAACCCUUCUCAAAUUCCCCUCCUUUC